GGAAAAACCAAAAAGAGGAAAACUGUGUAGAACUCUGGAGAGGGUGAAGUCACAGUGAGUUCCCAAUUUGCAUUGCUCCUCGCUCUUGUUCCAUUCAUUGCACUUUGUAGAACGAAAGCUACCUCAUUUCUGAUCUCUCCUCACUUUCCUCGAAUCGAAGAUACUUUUGGGGUCAGUUUUGGUGUUGAUAUGGAAUAUGCACACAAACUGUUUGCUUGUUUUCCUCAGUGAAAGGAGGAGGAGUUCAACCUUUUUUUUUUUGGUGAAUUUAGUGAGCAGAUGAGGAUGUCAUUGAUUCGGCCUCUGUUGGCAAGGCGAGGUUUCAGCACAAGCUCUGAAAAACUUGUUGCUUCUGUGCUCUUUGAGAGGCUGCCAGUGGUCAUUCCCAAAGUCGACCCUGUAGUUUAUGCAUUUCAGGAAUUUUCAUUUCGAUGGCGCCAACAAUUUCAACGCAGAUAUCCUGAUGAAUUUCUAGACAAAUCUAAUGCUAGGGGCAAAGGUGAUUAUCAGAUUGACUACGUGCCAGCACCACGAAUCACCGAAGCUGACAAAACGAAUGAUCGAAAGUCAUUACAAAGAGCUCUUGACCGAAGACUUUACCUUCUUCUCUUCGGUAAUACAUAUGGGGCUCCAAGUGGGAAGCCUGUGUGGCAUUUUCCGGAGAAAGUUUAUGAAUCAGAGGAGAACAUGCGCAAGUGUGCUGAAACUGCAUUGAAAUCAAUCAUAGGGGAUCUUUCUCAUACAUAUUUUGUUGGAAAUGCUCCAAUGGGUCAUAUGGUUGUUCAGCCUACAGAAGACACAUCUAAAUCCACCCCUUUUAAGAGAUUCUUUUUCAAGUCACAAGUAAUCGCGAAAAACAAGUUCAACAUUGGAAAAUGCGAGGAUUUUGUUUGGGUGACAAAGGAUGAAUUGUUGGAGUACUUUCCAGAGCAAGCCGAGUUUUUAAACAAGAUGAUCCUCAGCUAAUUACAGCAGAGGACGGUUGUUUCAUUAGGAUAAUUGCAAAUUAGUUCAUACAAUGCUGCAGGACCCUGAAAGAUUAUCAAGCUAACAUAUAGUUUAUGGUCAAAAUAGAAGUUUAUUCUUGUUUUGGAGAUUUAUGAGUUUAUGGUGCUCAAAUGCUAUUGUUUUGGAUCUCUUCUUUCCUUUUAUUUUCUACCCCUUUUUUCAUCUGUAUUUUCUGCCAGUUUUGCUGUAAUAAAUGAGUUGCCUUUGUGAUCUAGUGUUAGAAUGUGUUGCCCUAUUUUGUUGAGAGUCUCUCUGGGUAUCAUCACAUCUUUAUCAGUUCACCAACUUUGUGCCUCUUUUGGGAUUUAAAAAAUUAGCACUUUUUCCCUGUC